AUGACAUUGCCUCAUAGCUCAACCUUUCCUCACCAUGUCGCUGCUGGCUGUCUGCAUGUCUCGCGGGUAGACAGUGGACUAUCAGACGAACAGUGGUAUCAGCUACCCGAGCAAUGGAACCCUUUCUUUCGAUCCGAUCAAGAGCUCAACCGCUCGAUUGACGCAUCAGGUGUGCAUCAUAUCGAACUGGCCGAGACCCUUCACAAGUGCCCCCAUUUUCCUCCAGAGCUGCAAGAGCUUCUGCUCAAGCUUGCUCUGGCCCCAUUUGCAAAGCUCUUCCGGCACCACUGGAUCGAACUCGAAUUCACAAGGAGUCAGGAUGAUGCAGAUGUCAACGCUCUUAUCAGGGUGUACCUUUUACCAGAUGAUAAGGACCGAUCCCUGAUCAACCGUUCCAACAAAACGCUAAGGAGGCAUUGGAACAGCCUUCUCUCGAAGCUGGACUUUUCUGCAUCCGCAUGGAAGGGCAAAUCAAAUGGCGACCGGAGUUUCCAGCCUGCAUUGAUGCAGCCGCCUGACAAGGAUGGAGCAGAGUCCUCACUUCUACAGCUGUUCAACACCAUACCAUCCCCAAAACCCAAUCCUGAGUAUCUUUUGGACUCUAAUGACCGUGACUAUUGCCGGAGUCUUCUCAACUGCGAUAUCCCUGGGUUGAAAACCCAGCUCUUUUUGUACCAACGCGAGGCUGCAGCUUCAAUGUUUCAGAGAGAGACACAGCCUUUGCAGUGUAUAGACCCUCGACUUUGCUACGUUGUCGACCAACACGAAGAUCCCUGGUUCUUUGACUGUAUUACUGGCGAAGUCUUGAAGGAUGGACGAUCUUACGAAGGAGUCUCGGGUGGUAUUUUAGCAGAAGAGAUGGGCUCUGGCAAGACACUUAUCUGCCUUGCACUAAUAGCAGCAACAAGGCAGCAGCCAGCUUACAGACCUGAGAUAUACACGGCGCCUGCAAUUAUCCGGCCGAAACUUGGAUCACUCGCUGAUAUGGCAGCCGCAGCCGGGUCCAUGGCUUCGGUGCCAUGGCGCAGCUACUUUUCCAGAGAGCAAUGUGGAGAUCAAGAAUACACCAACUGUCUCGGCAAGAUUGAUCAAAACCCCGGCUGGUAUCUUAUGCCUCGUCCUGCACCUAAGCGAGUUAGCCGUCAGCCAGCAGCUCCCGAACAGUCGGACAAGUUGUAUUUGUCUUGCGCAAGUCUCGUCAUCGUGCCAACCAACUUGCUCGAGCAAUGGAAGGAUGAAAUCACAAAGCACACACCAUAUUUGCGCACUUUGGUUUUAACAAAGGCUCGAGUACCUACACCUAUACCAAACGCUCUUUCUCUACUGCAGUAUGAUAUUAUACUGGUUUCCAUGUCUCGUUUCGAGCGACUUAUCGAAAACCGUAUCAAAGACAGACACGGCUCUUGGGUGCUUUUAUCUCCCCUAGGCCAGGUCCACUUCAAAAGAAUCAUCAUUGAUGAAGGACAUGCACUGGGUCACUCGACUUUGGCAAAGAAGAGCAAUCUACUACUGGUUGUUGAGCACCUUCAAACCUCUGCUCGCUGGGUUGUCACUGGUACCCCUUCAAAAGGGCUUUAUGGUGUGGACGGUUCAUGUACAGGGCGUAACGAACUCUCGGAUGACCAGGAGCGCAAAGAUACCGAACAUAUCGGCUCUAUAGCGACGCAUUACCUGAACGCUCGGCCUUGGGCCAACAAAGUGCUGGAGGAUGGCGACACAACCGCAGACUGGCGUAUCUACGUGACGCAGACAAAAAACAACAACGAAGUCCAGAACCACAGAAGGCACUCUAUUCUCAAAUCGACGCUCAACUCACUGAUUAUCCGUCAUCCAAAAUCGGAGCUCAGCCGUCUUCUUCCGAAAAUAACGGAGAGAACUGUCUAUAUUGAUGGGUCCUACCAAGACAUCAUGUCACUGAACUUGUUCGCGGCUCACAUAAUCCUCAACAGUGUGCAAUCACAACGUGUCGACCAAGAUUAUUUUUUCCAUCCCAAGCAACGGAAAUAUCUCGACGAACUUGUUUCCAACGAAAGGCAAGCGAGCUUCUUUGGUGGAAAUUUCUUCACAGCAUCGGAUAUUCAAAAGGCAGUGUUGACCGCUGAGGAGUUCCUACAGAAGGGAGAUGUUGUCAUCAGCAAGGAAGAUGAUUGUCUAAUCCGCGAGGCGAUUGCUUUCGGCAAGACUGCAGAGGCCAACAAAAUUCGAGAAGUGUCUAGCCGCUGUUUCGAGGUGCCCAUAUACGUCGAGGAGUUCCCAGGCAAGGAAUACACUGGAGUUUUGAGCUCGUGGGCUGUCGAUGGCAAAGAGGGCGAUAGGAUGUGCACAAUAUCACCACUGGUUGUCGUCCUACAGCGCUACGUGCGUCCGUGGCUCAGUUCACCAGAAUCACUCGAAAUCGUGUUCAACUCCGGAAAAUUCGCGAGCUACGGUGCAAAAGCGAGGAACAAGGCAAUGGGAGGCGUGCCUGAGAUUAUACAAUGUGGAGAGGCACCGUCCAGCAUUGCCUUUACCGAAAAGGAUGACAAGGUAUACAAAGAUGUUAGCAAACAAAAGAAGGCCCGUUCGGGGACUCUGGAGUGGGCGGAUGUAAACGACACCUUUGAGAAGGAUGAAGAGAUUGCAGAACCGAUUGCAAAAUGCAGUCUUGUGUCGACAGCUUCGGCCAAGCUGUCCUAUCUGAUUGAUCAGAUUACGAAGUAUAAAGAUGCCGAGAAGAUCUUGGUGUUCGACGAAACAGAAAAUGUUGGAUGGUCUAUCGCUGGAUGCUUGGAGAUCUUACAUAUACCCCACCUUAUCUACGCAAAGAAUCUCAAGGCUGAACGACGGGCGCAAUACGUGGCGACCUUCAAUGAGACGUCCAAGUUCAGGGUGAUGCUGAUGGACCUUAAGCAAGCGGCUUUCGGCCUUAACAUGAACUCCGCGUCACGCAUAUACUUUGUUAACCCGGUGCUCAACCCACAAGUAGAGGCCCAGGCAAUUGGUCGAGCGAGGAGGAUAGGUCAAAGCAAAGACGUGACAGUCGAGACAUUGGUUCUACGCGGCACCUUGGAGGAACUCAUUGUAGAACGCAAGAAAAAGAUGACACAGGAGGAGCACAGGAGGAUCAAAUCCAUCAUGGACGACAAGCCUUUCUACGAAUGGUUCCAAAACGCCCGAAUUUUGCCAUUGCCCGACGUGGCGGCCGAUGAUGGCCCGGGACAGAUGGCACCGUUGGCAGUACCCGUUCCGCUGUUUGGGCGAGGGUCAGGCCAGAUCAUACAUCCGGACCAGGAUCUCUUAGCCAAAGGAGAAAGGCAUUCCAGCGAUCGAGAGUGUGCCGUCCCGUGCAGCGACACCGGCGGAAUCGGCAGCUCAUUCGGGCGUAAACGUCCCUUGUCUAUGGUGACAGAUGCAGCAGCAGAUGAUGCGGCCGAUAGGGAGCCGAAGAAACCUGCCAAAGGUGUUCGCUUUGCGUAG